AUGACAUCUUCAAAUGAGAUAAUUAUUUUAGAUGAUGACGAUGAUGAUGAUAGUGAACAACAAAAAACACCAAGAUUUCAAGUAAAUAAUGGAGCUGAAACAAUGAAAAAUUCAAAUUCCGAUAUUAGAAAAAAAGUAAAUAAAACAAUUGUAAAUAAAAAAAGAGAGUUAUUGGCGAACAUCCAUUCAAAUAGAUUUGAUCGAAUAGAUAAUAAAAAGAUAAAAAGUGUUAAUGACAAUAAAACCAAGAAUACCAACAGUAUUAAUAAUAAUAAUAAUAAUAAUAAUAAUAAUAAUAAUAAUAAUAAUAAUAAUAAUAAUAAUAGUGAUGGUAAUAAAACAACAAUCCCAACAAUAACCACUACAACUAGUAGUCCCAAAAAUAUUAUUUGUAUAGAUGAUGAUGACGAUGAUGCUAUUGUAAAUAAUCUUAAUACAAAUAAAAUAACAAGUAAUUCAACAAAAGAAAUAGUGCAAACAAAACAAACGACACCAACAAAAGUACAGUCACCACGUUAUCAUAAUAGUAAUAGCAAUAAAAGUCCCAAUGCAAAAUCAAAUUUUUUAGCAGAUAUACACGAAAAAAGAUUAAAUAUUGGUGAUGGUGGUAUUACAAUCGAUGAGAAUUAUCACAACGUUUCAAAUGGAGAUAACGAUUCCUAUCGACCAAAUAAUAAUAAUAAUAAUAUCAAAAGUAACAGUAACAGUAAUAACAAUUCAGAUAAAAUUAAAACUAAUAAAGAACCAUUUAAUUUUCAACAAUCACUAGACUUGAAAAAACAAUUGAAUUCAAUUAGAAAUGAACAACAUAAAAGCUAUAGAAAUGAUAAAUUAAAUAAAAAGAAAUUCUUUGACCUAAAUGAUAUCGAUACACUUCAAAAACAAGAAUUACAGAAUAGAAUGAUUUCAGCAUCAAUGGAAACAACAAUACCAACUGUUAAUAGAAACGCUAUUCAUACAAUUGAUAAUACUAUAUUACAUCCUGAAGCAAUUGGUAGAAAAGCAUUGGAGUUUUCAAAUAAAUUUAGAAGUGCUCAAGGUAAACCAUCAUUAAUUUGGAAUCAAACUAUUUAUCAUAUAGGUGUUGAACAUAGUAAAAACAUGGCAGAGAAAAAAGUUGCUUUUGGACAUGAUGGAUUUAAUGAUAGAGCUAAAAGAUACCCAUUCCCAUCAAGAGGAGCUGGUGAAAAUGUUGCUUAUACAAAUGAUCCAGAUGAUAUUGCAAAUAAAGUGGUAAAUGGUUGGAUUAAUUCACCUGGACAUAGAAAGAAUCUUCUUGGUAAUUUUAAUGUUUGUUCAAUUGGCGUUUAUAAAAAUAGUGAAGGUUUUUGGUACUUAACUCAAUUAUUUGGUCUUCAAUAA